AUGACAUUCACACCGACCGACGGGAUCAUGGCCUAUCGUCCAAAGAUUGCGACACCGAGCGAAGAUGACGAGGACGAUGUCAUGGUGAUUGGUAUUGAUUUCGGAACAACAUACUCUGGUGUCGCAUGGGCCACGGUCGCCGACUUCGCCAGUGAUCAGAUCAAUCUCAUCACCAGCUGGCCAGGCACUGGCCGAGAAGAGGGCAAAGCGCCAACCGAGCUCUUCUACGAAGACGAUCAGAUCUUCUGGGGGUAUGAGAUUCCCGACGAUGCAGACCCAGUCCGGUGGUUCAAGCUUCUCCUUGUCAAGGACGAGGAUCUCACUGAAGAGACUCGCUCUUCCGAGUUCCUCCUGCGCGGGCGCAAGAUGCUCAAGGAGACGGGUAAGACUGCGGUUGGGCUGAUCGCUGAUUACCUUCGUCUUCUGUGGGGACAUAUUCUUGAGUCCGUGAAGAAGUCUCGUGGCGAGUAUGUCAUUGACGCGUUGCGAUUCCACGUUGUCAUUACAGUGCCCGCCAUCUGGAAGGGUUAUGCACGACAAGGGAUGGAAGAAGCUGCUCGACAAGCUGGAAUCUUGGACAGUCGGCCAGCCGGUGAGACGAUGCUUAGCUUCGUCCCUGAACCGGAGGCUGCAGCGUUAUCGACGCUUUGUGAACCUGGUCGACGGACUCAGCCGGGUGAUGUCUAUGUUAUUUGCGACGCGGGUGGUGGUACAGUUGACUUGAUCAGUUACGAGAUUGGCUCCGUCAACCCCAUUGCAAUGCAUGAAGCAGUUGAAGGAACUGGUGGGCUCUGCGGCGGUAUAUUCAUUGACGAAGCUUUUGAGCACGCAUGCAAGUCGCGUCUCGGACGCCGCUGGGAUCACCUCAGCAAGGCAGGUAUCAAGGAGAUCAUCAAAGGGGAGUGGGAGCAUGCCAUCAAGCCGCAGUUUAAGCCGCAGAGUUCGAAGAAAGAAUACAUCGUGAGCAUCCCGGCCGAAGCGUUCGGCAAGAACAGUCUGGACGACAUGAGCCGCGAGCCAUUUAUUAAGAAGGGUCGCAUUCAUUUCUCGAGUUCCCACAUCCAAGAAGCAUUCACCGAGUCUUUUGCCGGGAUCGACAAACUCGUCGACGGCCAAAUCAACAAAGCAAGAAGCCAGGGCCUGGACGUGAAGGGAAUCAUCCUCGUCGGCGGUCUCGGCGCGAGCCCAUACCUCUACGAACACCUCAAGAACCGCCACUCCAGCGCCGGAAUCACAAUCCUCCAGUCUGGCGGAAUGCGCCCGCGGACUGCGAUCUGCCAAGGAGCAGUAUACAAGGGGUUCCUGGACGGCAGCAGCGACAGCAGCGGCACCCAGCAGAACGGAUACGGCGUGGCAGCGCCAAUCAGCGUGACGUCGUCCAUCUCCAGAACCAGCAUCGGCAUCGUCUACCACGCGCCCUUCGACGCCGCCAAACAUCUCGACGAAGAUAAAGCCUGGUAUCCGGACGAGGGCGAGUGGCGCGCAAACAACCAGCUCAACUGGUAUCUGCGACGGGGCGACAACGUCUCGACAACCGACCCAGUCCGAUACAACUUCUACCGUCUAUACCGCAAAGACCCGGGUCCUCAAUUCAGCGUUGAGCUAUACGAGUGCGAAGACCACGACGCCCCGACGCGGUUGGAGAAGAGCGUCGUGCGCCACUGCAAGAUCGAUUGCACGCUUGACGUGCCGUUUGACAGUCUAGAGGACUUCCGGUCCGCGGAGACGGGGUCGUGGAUGAAGAAGCUGUCGUUUGAUCUGGAGAUGGUGCCGAGUGGGGCGAGCGUGCAGUUUGUGGUUUAUGUUGAGGGGAGGCGGAUGGGGAGCCAGAAUGCUAAUAUCAAGUUCUAG